GUUUGCCCCCUGGCUGCGUGCACACAGGCAGCUGGGAGGAGAGGAGGAGGCAGUCUGCAAACGCGCCCACAAGUUACUGCUGCGCAAGUUAUAAACGUCUGAAACAAAGAGAAACAUGGAGGCAUGACUGGACACUGAUCACAAGAGACAAGGCUCUUAAAUUGUAGAGAACAUGGGGCUCAGUGGUGUUCUACUGCUCUGAUGAUUUAAACACAGUCUGUAGCCAUGCAGCAGAUACUAGACAACCUUAAAGACCUGCCAUCGGGCACUGGAGCUAAAGAAAUUGACCUAAUUUUCCUUAAAGGCGUCAUGGAGAGCCCCAUCGUCCGUUCCCUGGCCAAGGCCCACGAGCGUCUUGAGGAGGUGAAGUUAGAAGCUGUACGGGACGACAACAUUCAGCUGGUCACAGAGAUCUUGGAUUCCCUCAACGAGCUGCCGGAUAAAGAUCCUGCUGCCGCUGAGCUCGUCAGAAUCCUCCAGGAGCCUCACUUUAAGUCUUUAAUAGAGGCUCAUGACACGGUGGCUGCAAAGUCGUACGAGAUGCCCCACGCUACGGAUAACGGCAACCUUCUUUUGCCAAGUUCGCUCAUGCCAGCUGAUGCAGUCAGGAUGAUUGGCAUCCAGAAGAAAGCUGGAGAGCCUCUGGGAGUGACGUUCCGCGUGGUGCAGGGAGACAUGGUGAUCGCACGGAUUCUGCACGGCAGCUCCAUCGACAGACAGGGCAUGCUGCACUCGGGGGAUAUAAUCUGCGAGGUCAACGGUCGCGAGGUGGGCAGCAACCCCCGUGAACUGCAGGAGCUGCUGAAGGACUGCAGCGGGAGUGUCACGCUGAAAGUCCUGCCGAGCUACAAGGACACGGCGGUACUCCCUCAGGUUUAUUUGAAGCCAUACUUCAACUAUAAUCCUGCCACUGACAGCUUGAUCCCCUGUAAGGAAGCGGGACUGGCCUUUUCCAAAGGAGACGUACUCCAUGUUGUCAACAAGGAGGACCCCAACUGGUGGCAGGCACGCAAAGUUGUUGGUGGAGCCACCGGCCUCAUACCCAGUCAGUUCUUGGAGGAGAAGAGGAAAGCCUUUGUGAGAAGAGACUGGGACGUUGUUGGUACAGGAAUGCUCUGUGGAUCGCUGACUUCAAAGAAAAAGAAGAAAAAAAUGAUGUACCUCACUGCUAAAAAUGCAGAGUUUGAUCGUUAUGAGCUGCAGAUCUAUGAGGAAGUAGCCAGGAUGCCCCCGUUUCAGAGGAAAACGCUGGUUCUGAUCGGAGCGCAGGGAGUUGGACGGAGGAGCCUGAAGAACAGACUCAUCGUCAUGAACCCUCUGAGAUAUGGAACCACUGUCCCCUUUACAUCCCGCCGUCCCAGAGAAGAGGAAAAAGACGGCCAAAACUACUGUUUUGUGACACGAGAAGAGAUGGAGAAGGACAUUAAAGAGAGCCGAUACCUGGAGCACGGCGAGUACGACGGGAACCUUUACGGCACCAAGAUCGACUCCAUCCACGAAGUGGUGGCAACCAGCCGCACGUGCAUUCUUGACAUUAACCCUCAGGCACUGAAAGUGUUAAAGACUGCAGAGUUCAUGCCGUUCGUGGUGUUUAUUGCUGCUCCUGAACUGGACACACUAAGAGAUAUGCACAAAGCUGUGGUCGAUGCCGGCCUCACAACCAAACUGCUUACGGAGAACGAUUUAAAGAAAACCGUAGAUGAGAGUGCCAAGAUCCGCCGGGCGUACAGCCACUAUUUUGACUUGACUAUUGUCAAUGACAAUCUGGACAAGGCCUUCGACGAGCUGCAAGACACCGUGGAGCGAUUAUUUGUCGAGCCUCAGUGGGUUCCAGUCAGCUGGGUGUACUGAGGUUUGACCCCCGAGGCCGGAGACGAAGCGAGAUUCUAACACUGUGGUGCGCACACAACGUACGGGACGACAACCUGGUGUUACCUUGGCCUCGCACAAAGUUGCAUCAGUCACCUUAAUCUGAACUGCCAUUUUUUCUUUUAAGCACACUAUGCAACUCAACACACAGGAAGUGUACUUAUUUAUUGGCCAAUAUUUUAAAGGAAUGCGUUUUAUUUAACUGGAUUAGGGGGGAAAUGCUGAUGCUCGUGUCAGAUAGCUUUUUUUAAGUUCAGCAGUGUUUACUGUUCACAUCUGUACGUCAGACAGGUAAGUCGUAUUUAUUCUGCAAAGAAAUGAGGGCUAUUUUAAAA